AUGCUGAACCCAAACGAAGAAGAAGUGAACACAGAAGAAAUCUCGAUGGCCACAACUUUGGAUUUAAAACCACCACCUCCGUUUGAUGCAGAGGGUGAUAAUUCCUCGCUAGCCCAACGCUGGAAAGAAUGGCGAGAACGUUUUAAUAUGUAUACAGUAGCUGCCAACAUCAAGGAUGAUGCACAGAAACGCGCAGUGUUAUUGUAUGUAGCUGGCCCGUCGGUUCAUAAAAUAUUCAAAACACUACAAGACACCGGGACAGAUUUCAAAACAGCUCUAGAGAAGCUCGACGAAUAUUUUCAGCCACAAAAGAACGUAAUAUAUGAACGCUAUGUGUUUAAACAGACACAUCCAACGCCUGGAGAAUCGGUAGAUAGCUACAUAACUCGUCUACGUACACUAGCCGAAACGUGUGAAUUCGAAAGCGCCGAGAAUGAAAUACGCGAUCAGUUUGUUAUGACAUGCUCGUCUCAUGGAUUUCGUACGAAGCUUUUACGCGAGACAGAUCUGACAUUGGCUAAGCUUAUUACCAUGGCGCGAGCGAAGGAAUUAGCAGAAAAACAAGC